GUCGUAAAACAUUUAGUCAAAGAAGACGAACAAACCAAUAGUAUCAUCAGGUUAUUGGUGUGUUGUAUCUGUCAGAAGAAAACUUGAUCACUGUAAAAUAGUGUGACCCAUUUACUGUAAACUAUGUCCACCCGGGCUCUGCGGAGGCUCAAAGGAAAACAAAGGGGUCAGGAGGCCUUGGACCUCGGGGAUCUAACUUUGGGUGAAAGCCCGGAGGAGCAGGUUGAAGCCGAGGAGGAGCACUUUAACACGGCUAACGCGUCUCCCCCAGCAGCAGACAGCUCCCGAAAGGGAAAGAAAAACAAAGCUCAGAAAAACUUCACAAACAUUUAUGAACUGAUAGGUGAAGCAGACCAUGAAGGGGAGAAAAUAUCACCUGAUGAGGAGGCUGAGAAACCAGAUAAAAGUGUAACAGGUGGCACAAGAACAAAUGAUAAACAAACCGAGAACCAGGUUCAAAAGUGUGACGGAGUGUCUUCUAAGUCUGGAGACCGAGUCAAGAAGAAAAAGAAAAAGAAGAAGACAAAAGUUGCAUCAAAAGAUGGAGAAGAAGCCUCUUCAGAUAACAUUGAUUUACUGCUGGAGAACUUGGAGCAGUCCAAUGGAGUGGGCUUACAAAACGAAGAUUGUGGCGGGUCUGACCGAAGAUCAGUGGUACAUGUGGAGCACAGGAAUCUUAACCCAGAGACUGAGCUGAAGAGAUAUUUUGGGGCUCGGGCUGUUCUAGGGGAUCUAAGACCUCGACAGAGAAACAGACACUUUCAUCGUAGCACAUGGAUGACCAGCCCAAAGGACAGCUGGCCUCGUUUCGCUCGCCCAGGAAUCUCAAUGACCUUACUGGAGUCCAAAGAUGGCAUUCAUUACUUCACCUUUGAGCACAGUCGGGACUACCAACAUGUACAGUUCAAGUUCCUGGAUGCUGUUGAGUCCAUGGAUCCAAACAACAUUGUGGCCCUGCUUCAGCUAAACCCGUACCACAUCGAUUCCCUGCUGCAGCUGUCAGACGUUUGCCGAAUACAGGAGGACCAGGACAUGGCAAGAGACCUAAUUGAAAGGGCCUUGUUCAGCUUUGAGUGUGCUUUUCACCCGUUGUUCAGCCUGACGUCAGGCAGCAGCCGGCUGGAUUAUUUGAGACCAGAAAACAGAGCAUUUUUUCUGGCUCUUUAUAAGCACAUGAUGUUCCUGGAGAAGAGAGGAUGCCCACGGACCGCUCUGGAGUACUGCAAAUUGAUUUUAAGCUUAGAUCCAGACUCCGAUCCACUCUGCAUGCUCCUGGUCAUUGAUUUCCUGGCACUGCGUUCCAGAGAGUACAAGUAUCUCCUUCAGUUAUAUCAGGAAUGGGAGGAGCACAGAAAUCUGUCUCAGCUGCCAAACUUUGCAUUCUCCACCGCACUUUGUCAUUUCCAUCUGAGCCAACAGGAGGAUGUGGAAGCUGAUGAACGAGCGAAACAACAGCAAGAAGCCAACCAGAUCCUGCAGAAUGCACUUAUCAUGUUUCCUGGAGUGUUGAUGCCCUUACUGGAUCUGUGUACGGUUCAGGCAGACACCACAGUGACCUCUCAUAGCUUUUUUGGCUUAAAGAAUCAGAUUGGGCAGCUUCCUGCCCUGGCCGAGCUGACGGCUCUAUACGUGGGAAGGACGUUCAAUCUGUGGAGGGAGGCUCCAGUCAUGCUUUGGUUGGAGGAGUCGGUGAAGGAGGUGCUGCGCAGAGUGGAUGCCAAAGACCCUCUUGUGGAAGACUGCCAAAACAAGAGAAAGCAGAGGUACCAGAGCGCUCCAAGAAACAUCCAUCGUCACGUCCUCCUGUCUGAGAUCAAAGAAGCCACCUCAAGCCUUCCCUUAGAGGUCACCACUCAGCCUGUGAUGGGUUUUGAUCCUCUGCCUCCACUGGACUCUGUGGCGUCCUACGCUCGACCAGAGAGGCAGAAUGCUGGAGCGUCCAACGAGAGCACGCUGUCACUGUUUUUCCGAUCUUUACUUCCAAACUUCAACCUUCAGGGGGGGCCGAGGCUGGAGGAUGAGAUGGAGGUGGCUCGGGCCGGUCAGGAGCUCAACCAGGAGGUGAACCGUCUGAUGGUGGCCAUGAGAGACAUGCUGGCUAACAUAAGGUUUCAGGAGCCACCCAGAGAAGACAAUCCAUACAGAGAUGAUGAGGAAUGGGAUUAAGACGAGAGGGAGGCCAACACAGUUGAGAUGGAAAGACUUGAUUAUAACGAAGGAGACACUGAAAGCCAGAUCAUUUCUAGGACCUUUUAGCUGGUUCUGAAUGUGGGAAGCUUUCUCAAGAACAUCGUCUUCCUUUUGACCUGUCUUAUUUCUCAUUCUAACACCACAAUGAACGCAUCUGUUUGGAGGCUUUGUAACAAAUUGUUACCACCUUGUGACUGAUAAAGGCCCAUCGCUCCCAUCAGAUAAAACAAUUUAGAUUUGAGAUUCUGACUUGGAAGCAUAAAAAAUUCAUGCUGAACACAGUUGUUGCUUUAUCUAAAUAAGAAAAUUGGUGCCGAAUAGGCAGUAAAUUGUCCUACUUGAAUAUUUUCUUGUGGCUCAUUAAACGAUGAUCUUGAUAUAGCAAGAAAAACGAUGUUAAAGAUCAUUUAAGACGAAUUGGUUUCCAAAUAAACAAUAAAAAUGGGUGGUUUUUCACAAAAUAUAUGAGAAAGUUUAAAAUAGGAAGAAAAUUAGUUAUAAAUUUCAACCUAAAGUAAAAUACAGAGGUUUUGUUGUCAAGAAACUUUAUUUUUUCUUUGGAUUCCCAAUAAUUUCUUCUAGUAUUGAAGGACAUAAAUGUUUUCCUUCUUUGUUGCCACAUAUUUUAGACAUGAUUAAAGAUGCUCUAAAAAUGCAAAGCUCUGGUUCAUCAAAAAAAACACUAAACUCUGCUUUUCACAGAUCACACCUUUGUCUAUCAUAAAACGAUUGCUUUUCUGUUUCUUUAUAUUUAAUCUUUAUUUGGUUAUCAUUUUUUCAAUACAUAAAAUUACAUAUUUUUUCCACAAUUAUAAUUUAUGUGUAGAUGAUGUAUUUUCAGCAGUUCCUAAAUAUUGCAGAAUUAAAAAAAAUAUUUAAUGAUAUUCUUUACUUUGAAGUUUCUGCUGUUGAUCAUUUUUGUAGUUGAUCGUUUGCUUUUUGAGAUGUUUAUCAUUUGAGUGAUAUCCCAUGUAUCUGACAGCCAGCAGAGAACCGUUACAAAACAUGAUUUGAUUUGCCUGCCAGAAGAUUGGUAUUUUAUGCCUAUUGUUCUGUUUAUCCUGUUCUGUAAACUCACAGAAUAGCCUUUCAAAUCUUGUCAUUUUUCCUUUUUUUUCUUUCUUUUUUUGUAUCUCAAAAUAUAAAAUAUUGUUUUCUCCUCAGGAAUUAAAUCAAAACAACAGUUCAUUACUGCCCCUCAUUAAUUAAAGAGAAAAUCAAGAAGCCGUGUG